AUGGGCAAUUCCCACUCUUCGCGUAAACCCUCUCCUGCCGGUCUGGACCUGCACCAUGCGCACGCCACGCCGGUCCUGGGUCGCAAGCGCUCAUCUGCGUUCUCUGCUCUCACCCUCGGCUGCGCCUCCGGACACCCGUAUGCUGCAUCUCUGCCCAGCUAUCACCCGCAUGAACUUUCUUUCCGGGAGGACUCCUCCAGCUCCUCCGUAAGCGACCGCGACGAGAAGCGAAGCUUUGACCCCCCGCCGGUUUACGCUCUGUCAACAACCCCCGACAUCCCGGACGACGCCGCUCUGCUGGCCUACAAAGCCUUCCUCAAGGAGUACCCUCAGUACCAACUGACAUGGAUCCUCGACGCACUCAGGCGCACCGACUUUGCCAGACUUGACCGCAAUGGUGAAACAUACGUCGACUACAUGGGCGGUUCGCUCUAUCCAGAAAGCCUCAUCCAGGUACACGCCCACUUCCUCCAGCGGAGCAUCCUUGGCAAUACGCACUCUGUCAGCAACUCGUCACGACUGUCUGCAUCGCGCGCUGACGAGGCACGGCGAGCCGUUCUCGAGUUCUUCCGCGCGCCGCCAGGAUACACAGUCAUAUUCACGGCCAACGCGAGCGGCGCACUCAAGCUGGUGGGAGAAUCCUUCCCCUUCACUAGCGGGAGCACGUACGUAUUGGGUGCGGACUCGCACAACAGCGUCCACGGGAUCCGCCAGUUUGCCCAGGCCCGCGGCGCACAGGUGUGCUACCUCGAGUCCACGGACGUUGGCGGAGUAGACGCCGCAGCGACCAAGGCCGUCCUCGCACACCAUCGACCACGCGGCGGCCGCGCUCCCCCCAGUCUCUUUGCGCUCACGGGCCAAUCGAAUAUCUCGAACUCGAAGAACCCCCUUUCCCUCAUUGAGUUCGCCGCGUCACAGGGCUACUCCACCCUGCUCGAUGCUGCCGCGCUAGCCCCGACGUCUGUGAUCUCGCUCGCCGACACGCCCGUGGACGCGAUGGCAAUCAGCUUCUACAAGAUGUUCGGCUUCCCGACGGGUGUCGGCGCGCUUGUCGCGAAAGAGUCCUUCCUGGCACAGUUGGAGCGUCCAUGGUUCGCGGGCGGGACCGUCGACGUCGUCCAGGCGCCUGGCAAGAUUGUGACGAUGGCAGCCGAAAUGCACGAGCGUUUCGAGGAUGGUACAAUCAACUACCUGAGCCUGCCUGCGAUCACCGACGGCCUGCGAUUCCUUUCGGCGUAUCUGCCCUUCCUGCCCCUCCGCCUCUCUUCACUCACGCGCCACCUCAUUACGUCACUCUCUCAAUUGCGACACGACACGACGAACACACCUGUCGUUCAGAUUCUGUCCCGCCGGCCGAGCAAGGACGUCAAGAACGUCGGCGAGCAAUCAGAUACGGGCUCCGUCCUCGCCCUCCUCUUCCUCUUCCCAUCGGGCCAGAUGAUCCCAAACUCCUUUAUCGAGUAUGCGGCGUCGCGUCAAAACAUUUCCCUCCGCACAGGAUGCAUGUGCAACCCCGGUGGCGCAGCUGCACUUCUAGGCCUGCGUCAGGCCAUGACGGAUCUCCCCUGCGACGCCACACUGCGAGCGUUCGAGCAGCGGAUGGGCCGCGAGCUCGGCGUUGUGCGGAUAUCUCUCGGCCUCGCGAGCGACUUCCGGGACGUGUGGCGCGUCAUUCAGUUCGCGAAGGUCAUGGCGUCCGAUAGUGCGCGAAGCGCGUUGUGGGACGAGUGGCUCGGGGAAAAGACCGGCAUCGCCCUAUGACGGACG